AAGAAGAAAGGAGAAGAAACGUACACUUAACUCACUAGGUGAGCGCUGAUCCUGACAGAAGACUCACUUCCAUUGAUCACAAUUAGUGCUCUCUUCUCUCUUUCGGAAUUUGGUAUUAGCACUGUUUCAUGCUUUCUGUCUCACGGAUUAGAGGAUAUAUUUUUCUUUCAGCACAUGGAGUGCGUGGGACUCAAACGUAGACCAUUGCAAAUAAAUGAAUCGCUUGUCUCAACGCUGAUUAGGAGGGAGCACUAAGCUUAUAAAUGAGCGCUCCGGGUUCCCCUCCGGAGGGCUCCAGCCCAAAUAGUGGAACAACGCUGAAACCCUACCUAAGGCGAAAGAAAUCUUCGCUGGGCGAAACAAAGAUUGCUGUUCUUGGAAUGGCUGGAGUCGGAAAGAGUGCCUUGUGUGUACGAUUUUUAACCAAAAGAUUUAUAGGAGAAUACGAUCAAGCAAGUGAAAACAAGUACAAAUGUGCUACAACUUUGGAAGGCGAGUCUGUGACCUUUGAACUUUUAGACACACGAUCAAAUAAUGAUGAUAUGGGCGUGAGAGACGAUGUCGUCAGGUGGGCAGACGGCUUCGUGCUAGUGUACUCUGUAACAUCUAGGCAGACGUUCGAAGUUUUGGCAGAAGUCCGGCGCAGGUUGGAAGACAUGAAGAAGGUGAACCACGUUCCGGUCAUCUUACUGGGCAACAAAGCAGACCUGGCGCACGUUCGGCAGGUCACUCAAGACGAGGGGGCCAGAUUGGCUGCUGAGCUAAGCUGUUCCUUCAUGGAGGUCUCUGCAUCUGAAGACGUUACCAAGGUAACUGAUGCGUUUCACACACUCUGCAGGGAGAUAAUCGAGUACAAGCGAAGAUCCAGGACGUUUCUCGACAGAGUAUUCGGACUAAAGAAAUCUUGAGAUAUCGGUAGUUAUUAGAAGCUUUAGAAUUGUGUAUUUAUACAUUUAUUUUUUAUUACACAUUGUAAUUAAUUUUUUCUUGCGAUAAUGUCUCAACAACUCUUGGUUCUUGGGCCUUAAUUAAGCCAUUGAAAACUUACCAUAAGCUUGGAAUGACGUAGUCCUACCGUACCAUACUCACCAUAGUAAAUAGGGCCACUGUCAACUAAACCUGACAUAUGGCAAAUCUAGAUAAUCACUAUCCUCUUUUUUUUUAAAUUAAAUCUUCUUAAGCUUUCAAAUAGAAUUUUAUUUUCUUGUACUUUUGAAUAAUAAUAUUGCUUUCGCAGCAUCUGGGAUGACAAACUUUGCCAAGGCUGGCAUAAUGAUGAGUAGACCUAUAAUAUAAAGUUAGAUAGGCGUAUAUUAUUUGGAAUACUAAGCCUAUAAAUUGUUAAUUGUGAGGAGAACCUAUUGAUUUUUUUUUUAAAGUAAGACAUAGUGAGACUCUAAGCUUUGUAAAAUAUAAAAAGGUGGAGGGCCCAUUGCAAAGUAGGUAGAAAAGUAUUUAUUGACUAUUCCCCAACAUACAUACAGGUAGAAAAGUAUUUAUUGACUAUUCCCCAUACAUACUGAUGGCUGCCUGGUCGUGAGGUUUGCGCGCUGGACUGUCGUUCGGAUUUAUCGAUGGUCGAGGGUUCAAAUCCUGCCCGCUCCCAUCCCCCGCCGUCCUGCGGGAGGUUUGGACUAGGAAGUAAACUAUCUUCAACUCUGAAGAAACAUCCGAAACAUGUAAAACAUUUUACAAACAAACAUAUAUCAAAAUAAAUCGAAAUUAUUUUGUAUUUUUAAAAAGGGGGGAUGGGUUGAGGCAAAGCAUCGUAUCCACUGCACCCCCUUUUCCUUGCCAGCUACGAACUGAACUACCGUAUAUUUCAAUAUUGCAAUACAGUACAAAGUGAUCGCUCGUUGCCAGGCUACUGAGCCAGGAGUUUACGUUUUGAGUGAUGUUAGGUACUGAUUACAGUCGAAUCCUGAUGGAGGCUGAGAUUGUAGAUUCUUGAUCUAUUUCUAGUACGCUUUAAUUUCACCCUGAUCGAAUGAGUACCUGACGUCAGCAGAGAAGUGAUUAGUCGUUGUGCUGGCAUUAUAACACCCUAGUUAAUAGUGGGCAACACAAACAAUUGAAUUUAACUCGCGAUGUCUAAAAAUGAACGUUACCUAUUCAAUGCUGAUGUGUGAAUGAUAAUGCGUGACGUCAGCUUUCUAGAUAACUGGUUGACACGCUAUUAUUCUCUUUUUUUUUUUAUCCAUUGCUUUACCAUACAAUGCUUUGUAUUAUAGUAAGAAAAAUCUGGCCAUUUGACCAGGUGCCUACACCCUUUUCCGCCUUUCAAAAAUGAAUAACAAGCCAAACCAUAGGUCUGUUAGAAAAACAAAUGUUUAUAGACCAAAAGCCUCUGCUUUAAUUAGCUUUAUAUGGUAUUUUAUUUUAAUUUAUGGAAAAUUAUCUGUAUCUAAAUGUAAAGAAUGUGAAAAUGCAUUAUUUGAAAUAGAUUUGCAUUCAUGUUUUAGCCUAAAUUUUCAACUCUUAAAAAAAAAAAAAUUGAAACGAUACGAGAUAGAUGUGUUCACAUGAGUACUAUAGAUUUAGAUCUAGCUUGCUUAUGAUGGUUGUCAAGAUAGGAGGCUGAAGACUCAGUUCGACCCCCUAUCUGAUUUGACUUUUGUACAUUAUUUUUCUGGAAAACUGUGUGGCAUAUCUGUGUGUAUGUGCUUGAAUGGGAUAAAAAGGGAGGGGCUAACUGUUAUAAACUACAACAAAAUUGCGAUGCUAUACGGAAGUUGGAAUUUCGUGCAAAAAAAAAUUUCUUCAACCACUUGUUUAAAAAUUUGAAACAUAUUCCAUAACUUUAAUCCCAAACUGUUAAACACUAUAUCUCACAGUAAACGUUAUGGACGGCUGCUCUGUCGAGUGGUAUGCACUUCGGCGGACUGUCAUCACGAUAGUUCCGAGCUCAAACCCUGCUAUUGUGUAGGAAUUGUGUAGGAAUUCUUAUAAAUAGUUGUAAAAUGUAUUUUAGAAAUAAUGUACACAUUUUGUCCACCUGUCUGAACGAAUGUUAAGAUUAUGUGCUUCGUCACAGUUUUAAACGUCACUAUUCUUUUGCAUAUGAAUACGUAUUGCAUAAGUAUUAAAGAUCAAGAUUUUUAACCUGUACGUAUGUCUGAAAUAUAUCAAUAGUUGAUGUUCUAGUUUGUUCUUAUUAUUUUUAUUUUUGGUAAAGAGAGUUGUACAAUUAAGAUGCCUUACCUCUGAAUGUUUAUGCUUACAUUUUUUUUUCAUGUUCUACAAUAAAUUAUACAAAAACAUUAUUAAUAUUUUUGUAAACAGUAAUAUGUUUGUGUAACAGACGUCUUCCUACUAGAUGCCGUGGCUUCUUCGUCUCAUAGUUGCUCUACAACUAUGUCAUCUAAAGGGCUGUGAUAUCAGCCUAUGGGGCUUCUGACACCACUUGCUCACACAACAAGCUUCAGGUUUUGACUAGUCAUUUCUGAAAACUUCCUGCUUUUCUUACUCUCUCAUAAAUUGCUCUACAGGUGUGACUAGUGGAACUGAAUUGUUAUCCAUCAGAGAUGUGAAACUGCUGAAGAUGUUUAAGUAUUUGUGUAUAACCAAACAUUACUUUCAUGAACACUUCCCCCUGUACAUUACCACUGAUGUGUAUGUAGAUCACACAACAAAUAGAAAUAUAAUUUACUUAAUUAUU